UCGAUCGGCGAUGGAGAGGCGAGCACGAGCGAGAGGUGCACAUCGUGCCUUGAUGCGUGCGAUGGGGCAGAGCACACGCGGAUGGCGACAGGUGCACGCGGGUGCGCGGUAGAGGAUUGGAGCACCAGCGUAGGCGGGACGCGCUGGGAAACCACGGGGCGCAAUGACGAUGGCGAGACGGCAGGCGUGCGGGGCACUCGCGAGGGUGGUUGGGACGCACGGACGCCGGGCAGCGAAGAUGCUGCGCGCGUUGGUUGCGCAAGUGUAGAAGUCACGGACGAUGGCCUAGACCGCGUAAGAGUAGGAGUACCGGGCGACGGCAGGCACACGUGCGAGGGGACAUGCGGGAACGCAAGGAGCGCGUG